AUACUCAGCAGGUACCAGGGCAGCCUAGAAAUCAGUGAGGGCAGAGCUGGUGCCCAGAUGGAAAGUGUCAGGAAUCAAGAGUUGUGCAAAGUUCAGAUCCUAAAGGAUAAUGCAGAAAUGGAUGCACAGGCUCUUCUGGGGCCAGAAAAUAUAUUCCAUGCUGCUCUGGAGGUUGGAGAUCUGAACAUUAUCCGAAUACUAGGAGCCAGGCAUGCAAACUGUGCUAUGGAGGUGAAGGGAGGAGAACUGGAGUAUCAGCGACAGACCCCGGCAAGGUUUGGCCUUGCAGGUCUGUGGACCCUAGAAUAUACACAAGAGCUCACCACUCCUCUUUGCAUCACCAGUGCCCAUGGCUACAGUGAAUGUGUUCGCUACCUCCUUCAUCGCCGUGCAGACCCCAAUGCUGCUCCUGGAGGGAGGUCACCCCUACAAGAAGCUUGCGCUGGGGGACAUGCAGACUGUGUCCAAUUACUGUUAGACUAUGGAGCUGACCCCAAUCAGCUGAGUGAUGAUGGACUGAGCCCACUACACUACUGUGAUACCGUUGGUUCAUUACGGUGUGCCGAGUUGCUGUUAAGCCACGGUGCAAAUGUGAACCAGGGCACAGAAGAAACACUUGACUCUGCACUUCACUUGGCUUCUCAGCUUGGCCUCCUUGCCCAUGUUCAGCUUUACUUGCGCCAGGGAGCCUCCAUUAAUUCAAAGAACAUUGAUGGCGUUACCCCUCUCAAUGCUGCAUGUGGGGGAAAAGAAGGGAAUGAAAGUGCCCAUCUGGAGCUGUGCCGUAUCCUCCUACAGGCUGGGGCUGACCCUGAGAUCCCAGACCAGCAAGAUGUAAGACCGUUGCACCAUGCAUGCAGGAGGGUUGAUUACCAACUGGUAGAACUUCUCCUUGCUGCUAGUGUGGAUGUGAAUGCAGCAGACUACAAUGGAGUUCUGCCUCUUAGCUGUGUCCUGCAAAAUGCUGAAUUUAAUCAAGAAAAGAACCCCCAGGUCACUGUACAAGCUCUACUCAACCAUGGAGCACGCUGUGUUUGCCCAGAGGCCUUUGGCAAGGUGCUGCGCUUUUGUUCCGGGCUCCCAGAUAUUAUUGCUGUACUGUACAAUACAUACGCCAACCUGCACAUCUGCAGCCGAUGGAAACUGGAGAUUCCAGAAGAGGUUUUCCAGGCUCAUGAAUCAUUUUAUACCACAUUCUUCAGUCUCUCUGGCUCUGUCCGUUCCCUGCAGCACUUGUGCCGCUACAGUCUCCGCAGACAUUUUGGCGACCAAUGUCACUGUCUCAUCCCCUUGUUACCCAUCCCAAGAGCCUUACAAGAUUACCUGCUCCUGGUGACUGAUGGGAGUAUAGUCUGAGGGCCCCCACCUCCCCAAUUCUGCUUCAAGCCUUUUCUGUUUAUGAGACACCUGAAUUGCUUUGUUCACCCCAGAGAGCUAAGGUUUAUAUGGAGAGAAUUCAACAAGCUCCAGACGAAGGGUCAUUGUACAGUUUUCUGUGUUUUUUUCUAGUACAGAUCAUUUAGAAGUGUAACUACAAAGGACGCAGACACUGUGGUUGCAGGGGGGCCAGGGCUGUAGAGGGCCCAAUAAAACUCUAAUUAAUGAGCAAUUUUAAUAUAUAUUGGUAAAAUAGGUCAUGUUAUGGGACCUAAAUGUAAUUUGCUGUG